AUGUCACUGCAUCAACUGAAAAAGGUUGCAAACUUCAGGCAACUGCACUCCAAUGAGGGUCCGGUCAAAAUCUAUCGCUCAGCCUUCCCAGGUGAUGCCACGGAGGAAGAUGUGCAAUAUCUGAGGGAUGUACUGGGAAUCCAAAUGAUCAUCAGCCUUUGCUUUCCUGCUGAAGAGGGUUCUCCCACAGAGAAGAAGCCACUUGAUGUUGCUUAUAAAAGGGUGCUAGUCACUGAGGAAGAAAUAGAAGACAUGAAAAGCAAAGGAACCACAGGGGAGAUGCUGAGCAAAGAUAUGCCAUAUGUGCACUGUAACAUGAGGCUUCCAUCGACGAAGUAUUUCGCUCAACUUCAAGGCACACUGAAGAAAGCUCAAAUUGAUGGACUUAGUCAAUUCGAACAGUUAGCCUAUCUGAUGGAGAACGUAGGGUAUCCCAGGGGCAUGGUGCAAAUGUACAUCGAUUUAUGUGAGACCUCACAAAUCCAGUUCUUCACAGCUUCGAAGUUGCUGAGUGAACCCAAAAAUGUUCCAGCUUUGAUACAUUGCGUAGGCGGGAAAGACCGGACGGGCAUCAUCUCUGCUUUCAUACAGACCUGUGUUGGCUUGCCAAGGGAAAAGGUUCUAAUAGACUAUGAAACCUUCAAGCCAAGUAUGGGAAUGUCUCAAAUCUAUCAAAAUUAUGUUAUGCCUGAAGAGUUUCUAUCAAGUUCAAAAGAAACAAUGGAAACAUUAUUGGAAUACAUGGACAAAAAAUAUGGAUCUGUGCAAGAAUACCUGACGUACAUUGGAUUCGGCCCUGAAGACCAGGAGAAGAUGAAGAAAAACAUAUUGAUCAAUACAACUCAGCAGGAAAGCAUCUAGUUGCAGUUAGCAUGAUGAAUACCAGUGAUGACCUCUCAAUCCACCAACAGCAUUCCACUGAAUAUUAUGUUGGGAGAGGGAACUACAGAUGAAAUAUUGUGCUUAAUCCAGAUUACGCUUUAGCCAAAAUAUUAUUUUGGGUUCAAACCCUACUUGAAGAUUUAUCUGCAUCUUAACUAGACCUUAUUUUACACAGAAGUGCUUGAUCAGGCAGAUCAGGGGAACAUUUUCAACUGCACAGUUAGAUUAUACCUGAACUGGGAUAUGUGACAGGGACAAAGUACAAAGUCUCUUAAAAAGAAUCUGCAAUCCAAAAAUCCUAAUGUGCCCUCUAGAAAUUCUGGCCUAAACAUUCACACAAUCACAGUGCAGAAGAGGCCCUUCAGCCCAUCGAGUCUGCACUGACAAGUGAAAAACACCUGACCUACCUACCUAAUCCCAUUUACCAGCAUUUGGCCAAUAGUCUUGAAUGUUAUGAUGUGCCAAGUGCUCAUCCAGGUACUUUUUAAAGGAUGUGAGGCAACCCGCCUCCACCACCCUCCCAGGCAGUGCAUUCCAGACUAGAAGUAAAGUUUUUCCCCUCACCAUCCCCCAAACCUCCUGCCCCUCACCUUGAACUUAUGUCUCCUUGUGACUGACCCUUCAACUAAGGGGAACAGCUGCUCCCUAUCCCUUCUGUCCAUGCCCCUCAUAA